AGGGUCCCCAAAAGGUAAGAAGAAUUUAAAACAGAGAAGGAAGAAUGGCGUCGAUAGACGUGGAAGACGAGAACAUUUUGACAACUAUAUUUAAAAAUGCAUUUCCAGCAAGUUGGCAAGAAAAUCCCGACUUUCUUCAGUACUUGGUUGAACUCAGCUCAUGUGGAGUGGAAAAGCUUGCUAGAGAACCCGACCGUCUGGCAGAAGAAAGUGCACAGGUGUUGGAGGAGACACAAGAUUUAGCCUUUCACAACUACACAACAUUCAUACAGACAGCAGACUGCUCCAAAGAGAUUUUCCAAGAUUUCCAGAUUAUAGAGAAGCACUUGGACAAUGUGUUGGACAAACUGCCACCUUUCGCUGAGGAGUGCAACAAAGUCGUGAAGAAGGCACAGGAAAUCAGUUCAAGUCGACAGAUGAACACACUGACUCUCCAGCGACACACACAACUCCUGGAGAUUCUCGAAAUGCCGCAGUUAAUGGACACCUGUGUGCGGAAUGGUUACUAUGAGGAGGCGUUGGAACUUGCAUCCCACGUCAAACGACUCGAGAAGAAACUCUCAAAUAUUCCUGUUAUAAUGGGUAUUGUGAACGACAUCAAGACUUCUACUCAGCUAAUGCUGAACGAGCUUUUACAACAGUUGCGGACUAACCUACAGCUGCCUGCGUGCCUUCGUGUGAUUGGAUAUCUCCGACAGAUGGACGUGUUCACGGAGGCGGAGCUUAGGAUCAAAUUCCUCCAGGCUCGAGACUCCUGGUUUCAAAGUAUUCUGAAUGCUAUACCACAUAACGAUCCUUAUUUGCAUAUCACGAAGACUAUAGAGGCAAGUCGCGUCCAUCUGUUUGACAUCAUCACCCAGUACCGAGCCAUCUUCUCCGACGAGGAUCCGCUGCUGAGCGUCUCCCAUGACGACGUGAUAAACGAGACUGCUCUCUUCCAUGGCUGGGUCGUCAGAAAGGUGUCCCAGUUUCUGAAUACCCUUGAAGUCGACCUUCAGCGAGGCGUCGGGGGUCGUCUGGACUCCCUGCUGGGUCAGUGUAUGUACUUCGGUCUGUCAUUCAGCAGGGUGGGGGCGGACUUCCGGGGACUCCUCGCACCCAUAUUCCAGACCGCAGCAAUUGUCUAUUUCAGAGCCGCUCUUGCAGAAGCUAAUAAGAAUUUUGAAGAAAACAUGCAGUCAUACAACUUGUUGGGUGUGACAUCGACGGGGGGCACUGUUGCAGCAUACGGCUCCAUAUCUCAGGUAGGACAGAGUUAUCCUCCCACCGUUCUGCUCGACUUUUACCCACUGGCGUCAUAUUGUAACCAUGUGCUGGUGGCGUUUAACGAACUGCGUCUCUGCGCUCCAGUUAAUCUAGCAUGUGAUGUCGCAGACGCCCUGCAGAGGUCACUACUAGAGGUCAACAGAGUCAUUCUGGCUUUUUUCAGAGCUGAAGAGACGACGUUCAAUGUGGAGGAGAAGGACCAGUUUGGUCAAUUCUGUGCGACGUAUGUGACCGACCUACUUCCGUACAUGAACAAGUGUCUGCAUGUUCUCUUUCCUCCAUCGCAGCUGGCUGGUGCUCUCGGUGUAUCCGUGUCAGAAAUGUCAAAACUGGGUAAUGUCGGAGUGAUUGACUUACAAGCAGUCAUCACCCAAGUGGAACAUCUUAUUCCUAUAAUAGAAGAACAUCAACCUCCAGCAUCAACUACAGCAACAGCUACACCAACAUCCAGUGUGGUUACAUCAGCUACCACGACACCAGCGGUUACCGCAACAACCGAUUCUCUCAUUCCUGGACCCAAUUCAGAUCUACUGACUCCAUCGUCUGCUGAAGCUAACCAAUCAGAAGUGGUUUCUCAGAUCGAACAUCCUACUGACCAAUCAGAUCUCUCGAGCCAUCUGUCUUCUCAGACUGAAGAAGUGACUAGCCAAUCACAAACUGCACAGCCAGAAUCAGAGACUAGCCAAUCAGAACCUUCUCUGCCUGAAGCAGUGACUAGCCAAUCAGAACCUUUAGAGCCAGAAGCUGACUCAGCAACUAACCAAUCGGAAGCAAGUAAACAAGAUAUUACAAUUUCAAAGACUCCAGAAGGUGCCGACACAAAUGCUGCACAGAUCAGCGAUCAGGUUUCAAAUGAGAGUGGGGUUGGUGAAACUGUCACUGAACAAGAAGGAAAUGAUGAGAUCGAUUUAGAUAAUCUGCCCUUUGAAUUCGAUUCUAGUACGUCACUCGCUAGUGGAUCCCAAGAGCUAAACAUUGACACUAGUUUGGCUGCAAGUUUGGCAAGCAAUGUUAUUUUAGGUUCACCAUCUCCAUCUGAGAACAAGCAAGAUUAAUGUCAAUUUUGAUCAAUUAUAUUUAAUUCAAAUGUAAGAUACACAUACACAUAUCAUUACAAUAGGAACAGUAAGACUUUGUUUUCCAUUAAUGCGAUUCCAUACGUGGAAAUCUGAUUUUCCAUAUCUGUAUUUUCGCAAGUGGAUUACUAUUUUUAAAAUCUUUAUGUUGUUGAAGUUUACUUGUAAGCUGAAAGUAAAUUGUUUGUGUUAUGACGCCACCUUGUUGAAAACCUGCACCUGAAAAAAAUCACUCGUUGACAUGUUUUUCAUUUGAAUUGCAUCUCCUUAUUAAAGGUGCAGACUCUAGUUUCAACCCGUAAAAAUGGACACUAAUUUUGGUUAAGUUGCAAACCUGUAACACAUUUGAAUAACGUUACAAGAGAGUGACACAAGUGUCUGUAACGUUGACACUGUGAAAUAUCGUUAAAAAUAGACUAAAACUCGACUCCAUAACAGUUAUUUGUCAAACGCAUGUGCAUUUUUAAAAGUAUGAAAAAUGCAUUUUGUGGUAUUAGAAACACCAGGAUGACCAGAAACACUUGGGUUGAAUGGAAAUGGAUUCUCAAAACAAUAAAAUAUAAGUAAUGUUUGAUUUCAGUGAUCAUAAACGGCUCUAAUAGUGAAAAAUGUACAUUAGUGUUUAAAAACUAGCGUCACUCUGUCCCUUUAACAAAGAACCUGUACAUGAUUAGCAACUAGUAUUUAAUGUUAUAAAAUUGUGUAGUGAUCUCCGAAACUCAAGUAGCAAAUUGCGACAUGAUACUGAAUAAAAUGUUCCCUCCUCUCUUAAGCAACAUUGCAUUGCCCUCACAAGUCGUUUUGCCCAGUGGUAAAGCACUUGCCUGAUGCACAUUUGAUCUAGGAUCGAUCCCUGU